AUGGUGGUUGCCCUCAGGAUGUUUUCCACCACCACCUACGCCAGGCGACACAGGCAGAGAAACAAGAACAAUAUCGGUAUAGGCAUAACAGAUAUUGAUGUACCUGAACCCAACGGCAAGCACCAUUCCAUCUCAUCAUCUCCACCCAAAAAGCGCCGUCGGUCCCUCCCAGAGGACACAAAAAUAAACGGCAAACCUCGAAAAAAAUCGAAAUCGUCACAGACGAAGCUAGCAUCUCCUUUGAUGUCUGUUCACUCGUUCCAGACACCCCUGCCUACUUUCCAUACCCUGAGUCAGGUUUACAAGCUGCCGUCAUCGAGCCCGAAAGAUACACCUGGGCUUUUGUCACCUGUUCCUGUUGUCUCUCAAGCCACCCUCACUAGUUCCAAAAAGUUGAAGGAAAACCAACCCCGAAGGUCUGCAAAAGGGAACAAAACAUGGCGGACCUCAAAGCACGGAGAUUCCUCCAAAACCCUCAGGUCCUCUGUGACGCUCCCGUCUGGAUCCUUUUGUCCUGAUGAUGCUUCCGGGCCUGCCCUACAUAACCAUCCAUAUACACAUGAUAGGUCCAGAUCAACUUCUCGUUCCUCUUCCAAUUCUUCAACAAUCAGUACAACUCUGAAAGAUUCCCAGAAAUUUUACUCAACUUUAAAAUACUCUCAAUCCUUGACUUCGCUUAAACUCGACGGUAGAUCGAAAAGAAGACAGAAUCGAAAGCACAAAUUCAGCAAAACCAAGCGCUCAAUUUUGCCUUUGGCCAGUCCAUUUGUGUCCCGUUCAUCGUCCCCCGCAAAGGCAUUCGACAACGCGCAUAUAUCUGAAGAAAGUUUCUCCAUUCCAGCUUCUGAUUACAGUGCGAUGGGGCCUCCUCCUCUGCAUAGCGAAAUUGGUGUUGGUCCAAUGGAUUCAGAAUCAGAUAUGCGCACUGGAUUCUCGAACGCCUUUUUGGAUCAAAAUAUACCGGUUCGCCAGCACCGUAAUACAUCUGGCCGUCCAACGCAGGGUGCACGGAAUACAUCUCCAUAUAAGAUGGCCAAAUCGGUGUCUCGUCUCCAGCGCGAAAAUAUAGUAUCAAAAUUUAAGCCAAAAUCACAGUUGGGCAUUGAGAUUGAUGCUCUGGUUCCUGCUUUGGAACAGGUUCGCAAUGUUCAGAAGCGCAGAAAAGCCGAGGAGAAGCACAGAGCUUCAUCAGGACGAGAACGUCGUACAUCUGCUCCGAGUACAGUACAGUUGCCUCGCCCGCAGCAAAAGUCUGUCGUUGGCACCGCCGCUUCUCGGCCAAUAGGCGGAGCAUCGUCCCACGACGAAGGACUCGCCAUGCCUCGAAAAAUUUGGCUGGGAACAGGACUAGACAUUGUUGUGGACUCUAGAUCAUAUCAUGCCCAUGGUAAAUUAUCGUCUGGCGAGGGUGAGGAACAAGGACAUUUUUCUCAAAGGAGUCAUAGUCCUUUGGAGUGGAUGCAAACACGUGGGAGCAUCGACUUCAAUAGACCGCCUUCUCAAAUGUCAUUCGACAGCGGUUAUAGGUUUGAAUACCCUGAUGUGGAGGCUAUCGACGGCUUCACUUCAUCUGAGGAAGACAUGGAUGAAGACGACAGGUUGGGACGGGAGGAGGAGGGCGGAAAACAUGGGCGAACUGUUACCCGGGGUAGGGCGCCUAUCGCAACAGGGAGGGAUACUCACCGUCUUGGUGUUCCUUUUAGCAUGGACAUGGCGUCUGCGCUUUCAAAAUUUGGAGAUGAUGUGCUGGCAAUGUCAACACCCUUUAAAGAUGCUCUUGUUGAUAUGAAAUUGAAGGCCAACGGCAAGCCUCGGGCUCGGCUGGAUUUGGCGGAUAACGGGUAUGAGACUGAUCUCAACGUGGUGGCCAGUGUCAAGAAGCGGAGGCUGGAGCAAGGGAAGCAGAAAUCAUAUGAGCAUGGAAGCACACCUAUAUUUCGGACGUCAUCCCUGCCGAACCUCAAGUCCAGUCCACCCGACAGUACGACAGUGUCGUCGUCGCUAGGACUUGGGUCCUCUGCUCAUAUUGGAUUUAAAAGGUGGAUUGCCUUACAGGCUGGCGAAGCGAAAGGCGAAGUAGCAGAAGAGAGGGAUGAAGACGAGAAUGGUGAGAAAGAUAUGGACCUGACUGGCAACGAUUCUGCAGCGAUGGUCUUGACCGUGGAAGCGACGCUAGCCAGCAAACCAAAAAGAAGACAAGAUAUGACAUCCUGGAUUACUGAUAGCAUCAUCUCUCCACCGACGGGUUACAUGCAAUGGGCGAUCAAAAAGGGCGGUGACCGAGAAAGUGUUACAAACUCAGACGGGGAUACAGAUGCAAGAAGUAUUCAGGGAUCUGAAGGAAUGAAUCAACAUCGUAGCGGCCAAAUUCUCGGGCAACUACAUAUGAAUUUGGACAGUGGAAAGAAAGGCGAAGAUGUGGUAGAUGAAACUACUUGUGGAGGGCAAACCUUGGAAACCCGAGGCGAAACGACGGCACAACAAGUUCAGUGUGAGCUGAGGCUCUCCAACGAGUCUUCAGAGAACACAGCAACGUCAGCUGCUCAAGAGCAUGUUCACAACUCCGCCAACACGAAGAGAACUCGGUCUGGGACAAUUGUACCUAUUAAUGCGCCUAUACCUCCAGGAACCCGAAGAACUCGCGGUGGGACGAUCGUAGGUCCCUUGCCGGUUGCUGCGCCGACGAGUCCUCUUCCUUCAGUCCCUAUCGGUAAAUCAAAAAUCGGGCAGGACUCUGGGGUUAUCCCUGACGUCGGAGCCGCCGCGACUCGGAGGUCGAGAAGUGGGACUAUCACCGCUGCCGGUUCGGUUGGUAUAGUUGAUGAACGAACGAGGGGCGGUUCAGUUCAACGCUUGAAUGGGAAGGCGACAGCAUCUUUUUUAGAUGGUGAUCAUAUUAUUUCGAACCAACAACAGCGGUUUGGCGAUGCAGUUCAUGAUCGCCACAAUGAUACGGAGCAGGAUGUACCCGGGAUCGAGGCAUCCGCCAAUGAAUAUCAAGCCCAGAUGGUCGAGGAGUACGAGACUGACAUUGAGUGCUAUGUCGACUCCAUGUAUCUUCCCCCCUUGACAUCGUCUCCCGACCCGAUCGAUUUCCUCAGGUUCGCCAGUAUCGUGGAAGAGGAUGAAGAUAAUUUUACGGAGUUUGGGUCGGCUCUUGGCACCAUCGGUACCAAAGAGAUAGCAUGGCGUGUUGCCGAGGACCCACCUUCUCCAGAGGUCGUCAAAAAGCGGGGUAAUAAGAUUUUCAGGGGUAUGGGCUUUGGCGGAGGGAAAGGCUGGUCGUUGACAAGGAGGUCCGGCGGAAGGAAACAAAAGGCCCAGCACAAAAAGGCUAAAUUUACGGAUGAUAUCGCAGAUGGAGAGGAAGCAGAUGAAGAGAUCAAUCGAAAUGGAGAUACAGAAAUGAGCGACGAUGAACUACUGCUUUUGCCUGGGGCCAUGGGAGAGUUGGGCCAGCUGAGAUGA